CGCCCCAGGGAAGAGAGACGGAUCAGACAGCUUUCUGGAAGAAAGCGGAAAUAAACAUAGAAAUUUAGUUUAAAAAAAAAAAAAAAAAAAAAAAAAUCUGUAUCAAGUGUGUUUCAGUUUUUUUUUUUUCCUGGAGCAGUACGGAUAUUUGACUGCUCAUUGAGUUCUGUCGACUCUGAAAGGUCGAGGGGCCGUCGCAGCGUGCUGUAUGCGAGGUGAAGUAAGCGUGGAGCAGCGGGUCACAGCCGGGAGGAGAGACUCGGAGUGAGGCAGAGUUCCCAGGAUAACACAGACUCGGGCUGCUUUUUAAUUUAAACGAUACAGAGAAGAGCGAUCAGAUACUGGAACGACAGCCACUAUAUAAUAUAACCAGAAUGGAAGCCGUUGCCAAGUACGAUUUUAAAGCCACUGCGGACGAUGAACUGAGUUUUAAACGUGGGGACGUUCUGAAGGUUUUAAAUGAGGAGUGUGACCAGAACUGGUACAAGGCAGAACUCAAUGGGAAAGACGGCUUCAUUCCUAAGAACUACAUCGAAAUGAAAGCUCACCCGUGGUUCUUCGGUAAAAUCCCCAGAGCGAAGGCAGAGGAGAUGUUGAACAAACAGAGGCACGACGGAGCAUUCCUAAUCAGAGAGAGCGAGAGUGCACCAGGGGACUUCUCCCUCUCAGUAAAGUUUGGCAAUGAUGUCCAGCACUUCAAAGUGCUCCGUGACGGGGCUGGGAAGUAUUUCCUGUGGGUGGUGAAGUUCAAUUCCCUCAACGAGCUGGUCGACUAUCACAGGUCCACCUCCGUGUCUCGAAAUCAGCAGAUAUUCCUCCGUGACAUUGAACAGGUCCCCCAGGUAAGGGACACCUGCCCCAGCUCCCUUUCUGAAUGUGUACCACAGGCAGGCAACCAGCAUCCUACGUACGUGCAGGCACUGUUUGACUUUGACCCGCAGGAGGAUGGAGAGCUGGGCUUUCGUCGGGGGGAUUUCAUCCAGGUCCUGGAUAAUUCGGACCCCAACUGGUGGAAAGGUGCUUGCCACAGCCAGACAGGAAUGUUCCCCCGCAACUACGUCACCCCAGUAAACCGGAACAUGUGAACGAAAGAAAAGGAACAGAACCCAGAUACCACUGUAGAGUGGCAGCGGAAUUAACAUAUACUGAGAAUGUUCUUCGGAACAGCGGCAAACACACUGCAGUCAGAAUGGAA